UUUUUUUUAACAUUUACACAUAUAACACCAUGGUCUCUGAAUCAACAAAAGAAGCUCUACUCAAGGUAUUUGAUGUCACCAAGAAAACUGUCCAUUUUGCCUUCAUUCCUGCCAUUAUCUACAUUGGUAUGACUCACAGCAACCCUAGACCUUCUUGGUUAAAAUUGAUUAGUCCUCUUGCUUAAGAGACGACAACCAGCAAUAUAUGGACUCACAUACAUACAUACAUACAUACACUAGGUAUAUUCGUAUAAUUUAUGCCUUCACCUGUAGUUUUAUGAAAACAUACUUGAAAUCCUCUCUCAUAUUGAAUCGACACCCCCUCAAACAAUAAAAGAAACCACAUGUUUUAGAAAACAAAAAAA